AUGGAGAAGAAACGGGCGCCAACGGCAAAUGAGAAACGGUGCGUCCUGUUGACAAAGGUCGUAAGGCGGAAGAUCUCGCGCGGCACUGGUAGUCAACAGAGGAAGCAGGCCGUCUCGCGCACUUUGAGAGUGGGAUGUCGAGACGAGGGUCGAGAAACGAUGUCGUACCGAGAGCCGGUCCAAGGGUCCUGGAAAGAUUUCCAAUUAGUCAUCAUCAGCCUGUCUAUUGGGCUGAUUGCAUUCGGAAUUGGGGGAAGACAUGGGAUGGAAAAAGAUCGAGUGCUUAGAAUGGAAUCUCUCCUUCAGAGGCCGCUGGGCGCCGGUGAUAUCCGCGGAAGAGCCUGCGACAAGAGCGACAUGGGCGGCAUGGCUGAGAGCAGUCCUGCGAGCACCGUCAGCGGUCACACGUCGACUUCGUAUCGCCUAGGCCAAAUGAUGCACAUGCACAUGGUAGGAUACAACGUGGGGGUGUUUGGAUUGCAGGCGCAUGUUAUUUCACCAUAUCAAGAAAUAUAUCGCGAUGCGAAGACCGGUGGGUAA